GAGGCUGCGCUCGUGUACCACUUCCGUGUCCACACGCGAGCUGAUUGAAACAUAAGACCGAAGAGAAAAUCAUUUUUUUUCUUUGUUUGCUUGACCUAAAUACCUAAUCGAUCAACAGGACAUCUUGGCGAUGGGUUUGCUGACAAUUCUGAAGAAGAUGAAGCAGAAAGAGCGCGAGAUGCGACUACUAAUACUAGGUCUAGACAACGCGGGGAAGACGACCGUCGUGAAGAGGCUGAAUGGCGAGGACAUCAGCACCAUCCCACCGACGCUGGGUUUCAGGAUCAUCACGUUGGAACACAGAGACUACAAGUUGAACAUUUGGGACGUGGGGGGACAGAAAUCUCUACGCUCCUACUGGAGGAACUACUUUGAACGCACGGAUGGUCUCGUGUGGGUAGUGGACAGCGCAGACCGACAACGCAUGGAGGACUGCAGGCAGGAGCUCCACAAGCUGCUGCUAGAGGAGAGGUUACUUGGUGCAACAUUGUUGGUGUUUGCAAACAAGCAAGAUUUACCUGGUGCUAUGUCGGAAGAAGCGAUACAAACGACAUUAGCCCUGGAUGACAUCAAAAACCACCACUGGUGCAUUAUGGGAUGCAGUGCAGUGACAGGCCAGAAUCUUCUGGCAGGGAUGGACUGGUUGUUGGAUGAUAUUGCCGCACGGCUCUUCAAUGCAGACUGACGUGAUGUUCACUUUGACAGAGGACAUUGACGUUGCCUUAUGUUUUGUCAUGACACAAACAUCUGUGCAUUCUUAGGUAGCAAAAAUGCGGCCCCGUCAACUAAAGCUGACGAGUGCACAAGUGUUCGGCUCACAACCCAUCAUGACUCGCUGGUUUUGGUUAUAUCACAUUCACAAGCUGUCAUUUUCAGUUGACAAAUGGGCAAAAUGGCCACCUCCUGCAAUUGAUAAAAAUGCAAUCUUUUUGAUGAUUAAUUCAUUAUCCCUCAAGUAUUAUCAAAAUACUGUGUUUAUGCCAACUGGGGACACACAGCACAUAUUUCGGACUUUUACUAAAGGUUGUGAACUACCAAAAAAAAAA